CAGGCUGGGCUAAUUCAGAUGUGAGAAGUGGAAAGUGAUGUGAGCCAGAAGAAGGACUGACCACUCCGACACGACCACUGAACUAAACAAGAUGUCUGCUGAACUCUGCUUAUCACCUGGUUUUCAAAGCACCACAGCGGGGGGAAACAAACCUUUACACCGCUUCAUCAAUGGGCAACCCAAGAUCAUCGGCAUCAUUGUGCUGGUCAUGGGCUCAGCAUUCUUCACUUUUACUAUUGCAAUUAUGGAAGACAGAAUGGAUCACAUUGUAUGGACAACUAUACCCCCUGGUUUCACAGAGGGCACCCUGUUCAUCAUAUGUGGGAUUUUGUAUAUUCUGACAGAGCACAACCCAACCAAGAAAACAGUCACUGUAUCCUUGGCGCUGAGUAUUGUGGCUGUACUCGGGACAUGUUGGACUCUCUUGCACAUCACUCCUGACUUUGCACAUCACUCCUACCACCCACUCUAUGAGAUGUUAGAAGACAAUAUCACAGAGAUUGAGAUCAUGACAUGGGCAACACAUUAUGAGCAAAUGGGAUUCUGUUUGGAAGGGAUCUUUGUAGCCCAAUGUAUUAUUGGAGGGAUAAUUUUCAUUGUAAUGUCAGUGUUGGCUGGUGCUGCCCUGCGUUCCUCAAACAGCCAGGCCAUUGUAAUUAUGACUGCUGCUCCAAAUGAAACACCAGCUGAAUAAUGUGAACAACAGGAUGUUUUUUGGAGCCAUUAAAAAGAGAACAUGAGGCUUUCACUCUGCACAAGAUAUAUGAUUCCACAUUUUUACCACCUCUCAUAUACAUUGUGUAUGAUAUAAUUAUAGUUUCUAUGUAUUGUUAUCAGCACUUCUUCAGCCAUGAACUUUAUGGUGCUUUAUUAAUCUGUACUAACAUUUGUAAGACAUAAUGAUUUAUUACAGAGUGAAUAUUUAUUAAUUUUUUAUGUACAUUUAGAGCUGUAUUAAUAGCAAAUAUAAAAAACAGUCAUGUUAAAAAUAAAACAUUUUAUGUCAGUA